AUGGCCUCUCUUCCAGACCAGAUAUACCGUCUCUCGAGAACGACCAAGGCCAUCGCCAUUGCCUCCGCCACCGUCGCUGCCUCCCCCGACGUCGCGCCCUUCUCCACCGCAGUCCUCGACACUCAGCUGGGCGAUUUGAUUCGUGAUAUAGAUCCAUCCGAACUCGGCUUGUUUUCCCUCGUAGUACCUCAAUCUGAGCAGGAUUCUCGGGGUGUUAUAUCUAAGUUGGCUCGGUCAAGGUUUCCAGGUGCGACGCCACUAAAGCCGACGCGACGCGAAGUAGACCCAGAGGUAUAUGCUCAUGCCGCCCUCAAAUACAUUGACCGGUACCAGAUUAUCAGACCCAUGCCCCGUGCAUAUUCUCAGGUCGUUGCUCUUCUCGAAGAACUACAGUUGACGCGCGAUAGCAUACAGGAAACUAUAGAGCUACUUCAGUCCAAUCAAGUUACGGACGGUCCUUCAAUAAAGUCCAUGAUUGAUAGCGAAGAGCGGUCAUUGCAUCAUUACGAAAAGAAAGUUGACGCGCUCAGGAAACGCGUAUGUCCAUCAUCUACUCCUAGCCGUCACCCUUACGAUAUCUUGCAGAGGGAUUUACUUACAACUCAAGCGAAGCGCUCUUCACGUACAGCGAUCGCGGGUAAGAAAAACGCGCCGCCACCUCGCCCAAUAACUCCCGUUGUUCCCUCUCGUGCGGAUGCAGAAGAGGAAUCAUUUUGGGCAACACCUGGACGUGCAUUUACCUCCGAAAAUCUGUUGCACGAGCAAGUCGAUAUCGGCGAGCUGUCGGUUGCGUCUAUGUCAAGUCCUCCAGCGCCUUCGCCUUCCACUCAUAAACGUUCGAUCCCGCAACCUUUGGCUGAAGUAGCUGCCAAAAUUGCCGAGGAUUCGCAAGACGCUUGCGAAUUACGGGAUCCAUCGCCUGUCGUGGAAGAUGUAAUCAACGAAAUCCUCCAUGUCGAACCAGCAGCAACACCUGCCGGUAGUUCAUCCGAACCUCCGGCAGCUGAUAUACCACUAACAAGGGUUCCUGAGCCGGAAACACCAGGGACCAAGGCUAGAUUGCGCAUCAAUACAGAGGCAAAGAUUUGGGCUACAAUGGGCGAUGUAAUUAUGCCUGGUCAUCCCUACCGCACCGCAGGAGACGGUUCAAAGCCUCCCAGAGCAAAACAAACAAUUGCGCAUCUCCAAUCCGUGUCCGCAUUAGUUCCGACGCCAUCAUCUCCUUCUCAGUCGAGUCUCUUGUCUGCUAAUGCAGCACCAUCACAGCCAACUCCCCACCAAAUUCUCACUGCUCAUUUGCUACUAACACUCUUAUCAUGCCCACCCAAAUUUUCAAUGCCUCUCAACAAGCUGAAAGAAUCGUUGGCCGUCAAGGCCAGUACUGGAGGAAGUGCAGCUCUGGUUGCUGGGCAAGGAACGACUCGGGUGCUUUACGGAUGUGUAGCCAAGAGGUUGGUAAAGAUUGAGAGAGGAGGUGGUGAGCAGGUUGUCAAAUUUGAUGUGUAA